AUGGCGAAGAGGAUCCACCUGACGGAAUUAGGCUGCAUCGCGUGCGAGGAACUUAGUGAGCUCGGUGCGGGCAAGGAAGGGUGGCUCGUGAACAACCCGAACCUUCUUUGCGCACUCGAUUCCCACUCAUUAGCCCUAGCCAAUCGGUUUCUCAUCCUGAUUGUGAAUUGGGGUGAUCCUGAUGCGCCUCGCAUUAAGAUCAGACCUGAUCUGUCUCCGAUUGAGGCGGAGUCGAUUACGGCGAUCGAAUGGUUAGUGUUUGAUGACGUCAGAGUCGUAGUUGCCGGGACUUCCUGUGGAUAUCUCCUGGUUUACUCUGUUUCCGGUGAUCUGAUUCAUAAACAGAUUGUACAUCCAAGCCGUAUCUUGAAGCUAAGAAUUCGAGGAACGAAGAAAGAUUUGAUGCAAGAGACAUCCUCUGAGGAGAUUUGCAUUGUAUUGCCUGGCAUUAUUGCCCGCUUUGAUGGCUCCAAUAUUCAGAGUAUGAUUGAGAAAUGGUUUCAAGAAAAAAAUUCGAAUUUUUGGGACCAAAAGAACAGAAAGGGAGAUGCAGAAGAAGAUAGUGGUAGUAAGUACCAACGACUACCGUAUCAGAUAUGGAAUGUCAACAAGAAUGGUGCCUGCGUUGAUGCUACUGUCACUGGCAUUAUGCCUCCUCCUUUACUCGAACAUCAGUCAAGUCAACGUUAUUAUUGUGCAGUGACCAUUGGAGAGGAUGCUGUAAUCUCAGCUUACAGGCUCUCAGAAGAUAGAGGUAGAUCAAUUGUUGGAGCGAUUCUAUCAAAAGUUGUGCCUGCAGCUGCGUCAACCAUAGCUUCUUUCUCGAAGCUGAUCUGGAGAAGCAAUGAUCAGUCACCAAAGCGAAAGCCAGAAGCCAAGACUCAGUCAUUUGCUCGAGCAUCAUCCUUGACAUGUAUACAAGACUACCCAAGGAAAGGCGAGAAGCUGACGUUAUCCCCGAGUGGGACGUUAGCUGCGAUCACUGACUCUCUUGGUCGUAUACUUCUGCUAGACACUCAAGCUCUGGUCGUUGUCCGUCUAUGGAAGGGUUAUCGUGACGCAAGCUGCGUGUUCAUGGAGAUGUUAGCCAAAAGAGAUAAAGGAAAAUCUGUUAUUCACACAGAUCCGGUGAAAAGCGAUUACUGUCUAUGCUUAGCCAUUCACGCUCCACGCAAAGGCAUCAUCGAGGUGUGGCAGAUGAGAACAGGGCCACGUCUUCUAACGAUGCAAUGUACAAAAGGUAGCAAACUUUUGCAGCCGGCGUACAGGUUUGGAUCAAACUCUUCAUCUUCUCCUUACAUUCCUCUUGAAGUCUUCUUGCUCAAUGGAGACUCCGGCCAAGUCUCUUUGCUCAACCGUUCUUUAUCUUAA